AUGUCACCCGUACCAGCACCCAUUCUCCGAGCUCUAUCUCUUCCACCCGACCCGUCAAAGGUUAGCCUCUCCACCUCCGGCCUAGGUUCAGGCUUCACAAGCACAGGCGCAAUCCGCGCAAAAAUACCCAAAGGAAAUGGGAGCGAAGAAGAAAGACGAUACUUCGUCAAAACCUCCGCAGAUGGCAAAGCCGCCGAAGAAAUGUUCCGGGGCGAGUACGAGUCCCUCAACGCGAUCGCAGGCUCCGUACCAGGAUUCUGUCCACGCGCAAUAGCCUGGGGUCCUGUGGACGAAGAAAGCAGACAAUGUAAGAACUUCUUCCUGGCCACCGAGUAUCUUGAUCUCGGCGGUGCGAUGGGACGCAGUUCAGGUGAUGAAACCAAUCCCACGACGCUGGCGUACAGACUUGGUAAACUACAUUCCACGCCUGCGCCCGCAGAUCCGGAGACUGGGAGACCUCGAUUCGGAUUCCCUGUUCCCACUUUCUGUGGUGAUACUAAGCAGCCAAAUAAGUUCCAUGAUAGCUGGGCUGACUUCUAUGCCCAUGAGCGACUGCUUACUAUUCUCGCUACCUCUGAACACCGGAAUGGUCGCGACGAGGGACUUCGGGAGUUGGUUGAGAAGACGGCUUAUACGGUGGUGCCCCGCCUACUAGGGGACGGUCAUUUGGGAUAUGAUUCCAAUGGCGAAGGCGAGGGGAUCGUGCCGGUCGUGGUGCAUGGAGAUCUAUGGAGUGGAAAUGCAGAUCGUGGCCGCAUCGUGGGUAGUGGUCGUGAUGAUCAGCCCGGGGAUGUAGUUUAUGACCCUUGUGUGUGCUAUGGGCAUAAUGAGUUUGAGUUAGGGAUUAUGCACAUGUUUGGUGGAUUUGGGACUCGAUUCUUUGACCAGUAUCAUCGGAUUGUGCCAAAGACUGCACCGGUGGAGGAAUAUAACGACCGAGUGCGAUUGUAUGAGCUAUAUCAUCAUUUGAAUCACCAUGCUAUUUUUGGUGGUGGGUAUCGCUCGGGUGCAAUGUCAAUUAUGCAAAAGCUGGUUCGCAAGUACGGGAAAGAUGACUAG